CUUUUAUCAUGAAGACUGGUUAUUAUUUAAGUCAGUAUUUUGUUGUAAGAAGGCAUACUAUUUCAAUAGUCGUUACGAUAGUGUCAACGUUCUCAUUCACAAUGCAAGUUGAAAUACGUCCUGAAAAUUACAAAAUCAAAAAUCAAUACAUAUGCCCGAAUAAAAUCUCAAAUAAAGUUGACCAGUGCAUCAAAAACAUAGUGAACAACAAUGGCUUUGUGAAAUACAAUAUUGAAAAAAAAGCAUUCAGUACAAAUGGAGGGAAUUAUCUAGGAUUACUAUACGAAGUCGAUGUUAAUGGAUACACAAAAGAAGGCAAGAAAGAACUAAAUAUAUUCGUCAAAAGCAUCCUCACAGGUCACAGUGAUUUGGAAAUAAUAUCUGUACAUGACGUUUACAAAACAGAAAUGUUCGCUUACAAAGUACUCCUCAAGUUAAUCGAUGAACUACAAGAAGAUGCACAUGUACCAAUAAAGGAAAGAUACAAAAUGGUGAAAAUUUAUGAAGAGAGUGAUUCAGAAGUAAUUAUAAUGGAGAAUGUGGCAAAAAAAGGAUUCCGUACCGGACAUAGGAUGGAUGUUCCAUCUUUACAGUUUGCAGAAAUGGCUAUCAAAGAACUUGCUAAACUCCAUUCGUUUGCUUUCGUGCUAAAAGUUAAACGACCAGACUUUUUUGAGGAACAAGUUAAAACUAGGAAACCUCCGUACAAUGCUGGUGAACAAUGGCUAGGUCUCACGCAGAACAUGAUUAAGUUAGUAAUGGAUAACAUAGAUGAUGGAUACCAGGAAAAGGUUGCAAAGUUUUGUGAAAAUAUUAGUGAGCGAUUCAAGAGUUAUUAUGAAGUUGAAUAUAUACGGCGAUGUUUGUGCCAUGGCGAUUACAGGCCAAACAAUAUACUGACUAAAAUAGUUGACGGAGAGAUAUCGGAGUUAAUAACAGUGGACUAUCAAAUGAUGCACUAUGGAUGUCCGAUUAUAGACUUCUUAUAUUUUAUCAUGGUCUGCACCGACAGACCUUUCCGUAAACAUUAUUUGUUACACUUGAAGAAUGUAUACCACACGACGAUGACACGAUUUUUGAAAUAUUUUGACCUGGACGUCAACAAUUUUUAUUCAAGAGAUGAUUUUGAAGAAGACUACAAAAGUAAAUUAGAUUAUGGACUUGUAUUUUCUCUUAUAUUUCUCCCUUUCAUGUUUGCUUCUGAAGAUGAUGUUCCCGAUUUGACAAAAGACGAUAUGGCUAAUUUAAAAAUUAAUGUUGAUAAAAGGUACAAGAGUAGGAUUCAAGGAAUUAUCGAGGAUUACAUCGAGUGGGGCAUCAUUUAAAUUAUUCUGUAACUACUAUAAUAAUAUG